AUGCUUAUACCCCAUAGAACAACACAAACAUGCGGUGCUGGACAUUGUAAGUUGCCUUAAAAAGUAGCUCAAUGGGGUUUGUGUGUGUUCAGAGGCAGUAGGAUUGAAUAUCGACCAGCUGGAGUAAGGCUUGGCUGUUAAAAAAUUGAGUUUUUGGCCAAAAACGCUUUGAAAGCCUCUAAAAUUUGAUGAUUUAGAAAAAUCUGAUUGUAUAGAAUUUUGUAAUGGAGAGAGCAACCCAAAAAAUAUUUUGUAGCAUCUAGAAGGUCUAUAGAACCGAAAAAUAUCCGUAGUUUUUGAUCUCCAUGGUUCAAGUUUUCAUUAGGCCCACUUCUUUAUAUUGCACUAGACAAGAACUCACUAAAAUAAUGAAAACUUGAUUUUUCGUCCCAGAAAGGGCUGAAUAGUGGACAAUACUUUAUAUCAAAUAAAUUGUGAGGCUCCAAAGUCACUUUUGGCUAAAAACCACCUCCAUAUAACGAACUUUUUCUAUAACAAACAAGUAUUUUUUCUUUUCAGUUUGUAAUCUCGUGAUAACAAGACCACCCAAAAGAAUUGCGAAUUGCUAAUCCCUGACUGCUUAUAGCCUUUCUUUUUCGUUAAAGAUUAGUAAGUCUAGUUUUUGACGGGUUUCUCUUGUCUCAAGGACCCCGAAAUGUCAUGUUACUUCGAGAGGAAACGUGACAGCUAGCUUUUUUGGGAAGAAAAAAGUGAUUUUUUACCAGAAAACUAUGUUCUGACAAAAAAAGUAAAAGAUACAGCAAAAUUAACCGUUCGAAUCUAAUUUUUUCAGCCCGAAUCAAGGUCUAUUUGCCCGAAGAUCCCCUUCCCUGUGCUUCGGAUGUGCUUCCAUUAAAGGCGCCCUUAACUGAUGAUAAGGUUUAUGGGCCUGACGAGCCCAUUGAAGAGGCCAAAUUCUACGAUCUGGUCAACAAACUCUUUGUAAGUUUUUCAAAAAUAUGGACAUCAAGACUUCAAAAUUCAAAAAAAAUUGUUCAAUUUUAGAAUUGAAAUUUUGUUUUCUUUUCCACGCGAUUUAUUUACAUUCUAAUUUUUCUAAAAUUCCACUAAACAUCCGUUUAUUCCAUAUACCGUGUUGCCAUGACAAAACUCCUGUGGGCAUUUGCAUUUUGAUAAAUUAUUCGUCGGCUUAUCUGGCUACUUGUCACCAUCCUCGGCCAAAGAAUGAAUUUAAAAUUUAAGCUCGAAGUUUUAAAGUGAAAACAAAAAUUCGCUAUUCCAUUAAAAAACUUUUAAAAUUAAAGCCUAUUUUACAUUCGUUGUAGUUAAAAAAUUUUUUGAAGUUAUUUAAGAUUACUGUAUUUUUAAUUUUUCGCCUUUUUUAAAGUUUAUUUGUCAUCAAAUUUUGGGCGAGCUGCGCCCGGCCAGAAAUUUUUUAACUGCCAAAACAAAUAUUUUUUUGAUUCAAAAUGGCACUAAUAGAGCUAGUAUAAUAAUAUUAUUUUUUCAGUGCGCAGUCAAAACUCUGAACAGAUCAGCCAUCUUCUUCAACGUAGUUCAGCUGAUAUUAGUCUUCUCAAUACCACAUCUUAUACUCGCUUUAUUAUGUUUUGGAUGUGCAAGAGUGGCAAGGAGUCAUUGCAAGGAUAAUCGAACACUGGUGCUUCCAAUCAUUGUUUACUCGGUAAGCUGGCAUAACAAGAUAUUUUCGAACAUGUAGGGCGCAGUCUGCGGACGGCUGAAUUUGGGGAAAGGAACAGGAAUCUAGGAAAAAUAGGUAGCAAAACGUGAAUGGAAUCUUUUUACAUUACAAUUAUUAAACUUUUCUUUUCCACCUAGCUCUCAUUUCCAAGAAUUUUUCCCGCAGCUUGCGCCCUAGGCUGCUUCCAAAGCUACGAGAUUCCUCGGAAAAAAUACUGUCGGGAUACGAUUGAUGGCACGGAAUGACAUUAAAAUCAAUAUUGAGAUUAUUUUGUAUAAAAAAAUUGGCGACCUGCGCCCACACAAAUUUUUGAUUACUAACUUCUGGACCUGUUUACUCAUUUUUUCUGGCCUAUUGUUCUCCUUAAAGCAUGCGCAUAUGAUUAUAAAUUCUUUUCACCCAUUUCCGAGUCUGUCGGCUAUUGAGUCCACCUUGUUUUUAUCAAAAAAUUUUGAAAUUUUCUUUGAGACCCAUGUGUAGUAUGGGUAACGCAAAAGGCUUGUUUUUGGCAUUGAUAUCACCGUCUGUAAGAGUAGAAAUUUUAAUCGAAUUUAGAAGAGCUUGGAAGUAAUUUUCUGAUGGGGCAAGCUGCGCCCUAGCUUAAAUUCAAAACAAGCGAUUUUCGGAUUUUUUAAAUAUUAUUUUUGGUCAAGCUUUUGUAGAGGCACAUAAACAAGAUUUUAAAAAUAAAUAAAGAGACUAUAAGCCAUUGAAUAAAAGUUAUUUUACAUCAUAGUUUACCAUUUCUUAUAUUACCCUUCCAGAUGAUGCUGUCGGUCCUAUUUUCCUUCAAACUCUCCGAAAUUUGGCCAGUAACGUCCUCGAGGCCCCAACAACUCAACGGCUUUGCCGAAUUGGCCUGUGCCCCAUUCGGAUCGUGCUCCGGCUUCUUCGAUCCCUCCAUCCCAUUGGUCCGCACGCUGCGCCCUGGCUUCAGUCUGGUGGAGUUGAUCGGAUUCAGCCGAAAGACGGCUCUUCUGAUUGUCCUCGUCCAUCUGAAGAUUUUCGGCUUCAUUUUUAUGGCCCUCUCCGCGAUGGUUGUCCUGUUUUUGGUGGGCGAAGAGAAGUAUGGCUUCAGAAUUGCGCAGAAAAUGAGUCGCCGCCGCUACAAGGCCCUCCGAUUGGCCGCAUACACGAUGACGACGGUACCCUGGGUACUGUAUUUGUGCUCUCCGAUGCUGUUUAAUUGA